AUGAGCUUCACGGUAGAGCACCACCUCUUCGGCCCGACCUCGUACCGCAAGGCUCGGCCCACCUCGGUGUCCUCCAGCGGCUUCCACUCCCAGCGCCGCCGCCUCCCUUACAGCCAGCCGUCCUCCAUCGACAGCUUGGAGAACUUCAACGGCGACAUGACAAGGAGGAACGAGAAGGAGAUCCUGCAGACUCUGAACGACAGGUUCGCAGGGUACAUCGACAAGGUGCGCAAUCUGGAGAUGCACAACCGCAACCUGGAGGCAGAAGCUGCGGCUCUGCGGCAGAACCAGGCCGGACGAGCCACGGUUGGAGAGCAUUAUGAGAGAGAGCUGGGUGACUUGAGAGGUCUCCUGCAGCAGCUGACCGGGGAGAAGACCCGAGCAGCCCUGGAGCACGAACACCUGGAGGAAGACAUCCAACACCUGCGGGUAAGGCUGGAGGAUGAGGCGCGUAACCGGGAGGAGUUUGACGCGGCGGCGCGCUCCAUGAAAAAGUACGCAGAGGAGUGCAGCAUGGCGAGGAUGGAGCUGGAUAAGAAGCUUCGUUCCCUGGAGGAGGAGGCUGUUUUCCUGAAGAAGAACCAUGAGGAUGAAGUGGCAGAGCUCCUGGAGCAGAUUCAUGGAGCUCAGGUGAGCUUCGACAUGAGAGAUACCCAGAAGAUGGAUGUCACCGGCGCACUGAGAGAGAUCCGAGCUCAGCUGGACGGACACGCGUCCAAGAGCUCAACACACGCAGAGGAAUGGUUCCAGGUGCGUAUGGAGCGUCUGUCUGAGGCUGCUAGGUCCAACCAAAAUGCAAUUCGUGGAAGCCAGGAGGAGAUCGUGGAUUACCGCCGUCAGCUCCAGAGCCGCACGAUUGAGCUGGAGACUCUUCGCGGAACCAAGGACUCGCUGGAGAGGCAGCGUAUGGAAAGUGAAGACAGACACCACGAUGACCUCAACUCCCUACAGGAGACUAUCAACCAACUGGACAAUGAGCUGAAGACCACCAAAUGGGAGAUGGCCAGCCAGCUGAAGGAGUAUCAAGAGCUGCUGAAUGUGAAGAUGGCUUUAGAUAUUGAGAUUGCUGCUUAUAGGAAGUUACUGGAGGGAGAGGAGAACCGCUUUAUCUCAGGAGGAGGUCCGUACUCUUACCUUGAGAGCAGAAUCUCUUCCCACAUGAAAGUGAAAGGAGAGGACAUCUCCGAUACAGUCAUAGUGGAGGAACAGACCGAUGAGACCCAGGUGACAGAGGUGACAGAGGAGGCAGAUGAAGAGGAAGAGGAGGAAGAGAAAGGAGAAGAGGAAGAAGAAGAAGAAGAAGAAGAAGAAGAAGAAACAGGCGAGGAAACUAAAGAGCAGGAGGAAGGAGAAGAGAAGGAGGAAGAAAAGGGUGAAGAGAAGGAUGAGGAGGCAGAGGAGAAAGGUGAGGAAGAGGAGGCAGGAGAGGAAGAAGAGGCAGGAGAGGAUGAAGAGAAGUCCAAAUCUCCAGAAAAGGCUGCAUCCCCUGCGCCUAAAUCUCCUGCUGUCAAAUCACCCGUGUCUGAAUCUCCACAAAAAUCCCCAGAAUCUAAAUCACCAGAAGCCAAAUCCCCGAUGCCCAAAUCACCAGAAGCCAAAUCCCCGAUGCCCAAAUCACCAGAAGCCAAAUCCCCGAUGCCCAAAUCACCCGCUAAGUCACCUGCAGUCAAAUCUCCAGCAGGAGAUGAGUCCAAGUCUCCUGUGUCAAAAUCCCCACCCAAAUCCCCUGAAUCCAAGUCUCCUCGUGCUCAGACCCCUGAACCAAAAUCUCCAGAAAAAGAGAAGGCCGAGCCUGCCGCUGCCAAAGACACACCUAAAGAGGAGAAAAAAGAGGAGAAGCCCCAGCCUGUCAAAGAGGAGAAGAAAGAGAAAGAACAACCUGUGAAGGAGGAGAAGAAGACAGAGCCCAAGGAGAAAGAGCCAGAGAAGGCAGACAAAGCUGAUACAAAGAAAGAGAGCAAGGCAGAUGAAGCCCCGAAGACGGAUGACGCUUCCAAACCGGCUGCUCCCAGCAAGCCCUCAGAGGACAAACCUGCCCCCAAGUCUGAGCCUAAAGAGAGUGCUCCCCCCGCCAAGGAGGAGAAACCCUCUGCUCCUAAACCAGAGAAGGCCGAGCCAGAGCCAAAGCCUGCCCCUAAGGCCGAACCCGAGAAAACAGAGGUCAAGAAGGAUGAGAAGAAACCAGAGGAGAAGCCUACACCUAAAGCCGAACCCGAGAAAACCGAGAGCAAGAAGGAUGAGAAGAAGCCAGAGGCAAAAAAGGAGACUAGCAAAGAAGAGAGUAAGGAGGUGAAGGAGGCAGAAAAGGUGGAGAAAUCUUCUGGCACAGAGUCAAAGGAGGUCAAGGAGGAGAAGGCCAAGAAGUAA